CUUUCGUUGAGGGAGUGUGGCCGCAGGCCGGGCCCUGUGAGGGGCCUUCCCUGAGGGGGAUGCAGCAGCAGGCCCAGAGUGGGGUCAUUCACGAUGGGAGAGAGCAGUGAGCUGCGCUGGUGAAGGCUGUCCCUGACAGGGGAUGGCAGUGGGCCAGGCCAGGCCCUCUGUGGGGAGAUGAGGAUGGGCUGAUGUGGUACAAGGUCUCUGAGGGCAGUGAUGGCGGACCGGGUCGGCAUUCACCUGGGGCCAUCAGGCCGCUGAGCCCAGGCUGUGCCGCAGGAGAGGCAGCGGCGCUGGUGCUGGUGGCCGUGCUGUGGGGCAGCACCGGGCCGUUCCUGCGGACAGGCGCGGCGGGGCUGGAGGAGGUGCAGCGCCGGGGCCGCCUGCAGCAGCUGCUGGCCGAGAUCCGCUUCCUGGGCCUCAACUACAAGUACAUGGUGCCGUUUCUGCUCAAUGAAGGUGGAUCUCUCCUCUUCUACCUCACCUUGGCAUCCGCAGAUCUGUCCCUGGCAGUACCGCUCUGUAACUCCCUGGCUUUGAUAGUCACGCUGGUGACUGGGAGGAUUCUGGGAGAGGACAUCGGUGGUAAAAGAGCUGCAGCAGGAAUGCUGCUCACUGUCCUAGGAGUCACGCUCUGUGUAGCUGGUUCGUGAACGAGACGCAGUGAGAAGCAGAGCAAGAGAACCUGUUCAAAGGUAACCCUCGUGGCUGAAGCAGGGGCUUCUGGCUCAGCAGCAGACCGUUUGGCUCAGUUGGACCUGGGAAGCUGUAUUUUGACACACGGAUGUCAAAAAACGUGAAAACAUGGACUGUAUUCCCUGAGCACCAGGGUGGAACAAGGCAUGUUGCAUGGACAUCCUAUGUAAUGUCUUGAGUUAAGGAAUUUUUUGUCUGCGGGUGUUUCAAGGCAGGGAUGAUUGAAUUGUCUUGUUCAGCACUGGAGGGAUAAUAAAUGGUUAAUAAAUAGUUCA